CACAACAAAUAUUUACAGGAGCUGGACGUCAAUCGGUUCAGUGGAUUUUAACCUCCAGCUUUCAGCUCUGCAGGUUUCCCUUUAUAGAAGGACCGUCUUUCUACGCCUGGGCUGUUUUUAUUAUUUUUUAUGCACGCGUGAGAAUAUGAGUGUAUAAGCUCAAAAACAUGAGGUGUCUGCUGUUGCUGCUUCUGGGCCUCCUGGUCCCCCAUCAGAGCUGCUGUUUCGAGUUUGUGAUAGACGGAGAGUGGGAGGAGGAUGUGACAGGAGCUCAGACCCAUCAGGAUCAUCGAGCGAGGCACAAAAGAGCCACACUGACCGGCGAGGAGCAGGAAGAGUAUGAGGUCGUGAGUGGAGAGGACAUCACGGUCAGGAGCUACAAGGUGGAGAGCCGCAUCACGUCACGCUUUGCUCACGUCACCGUCAGGAGCUCCGUGGUCAACUCGGGCUCCAAAGCUCAGAGCAUCGCCUUCAACGUGCAGAUCCCCAAACGAGCGUUCAUCUCCAACUUCACCAUGAACGUGAACGGCAUCAUAUUUGUGGGCUCGGUGAAGGAGAAGACCCAUGCCAGGAAUCUGUACGCUCAGGCCAGAUCAGAAAACAAGGCAGCAGGCAUCGUCAGGGCGAAUUCCCAGGACUUGGAGACCUUUAAGACGGAGGUCCACGUUCCUCCCGGCAGCAACAUUGAGUUUGAGCUUCACUACCAGGAGAUGAUGGAAAGGAAACUAGGCUUCUAUGAGCAUUUUCUGUACUUGCAGCCUGGGAGGCUGGUGCCACACUUCCAGGUGGAUGUGUACAUCUAUGAGCCCAAUGGGAUUGCCUUCGUGGAAACACCAAACACGCUUGGAGCUCAGUUUGCAGACUUCGUUAAAGUUACGUCAACCGAAGACAAGGCUCAUGUCGUCUUCAAGCCCACUUUACAGCAGCAGAGAAAAUGUGACAACUGCACCAGCAGUGCCAUCGAUGGAGUCUUCUCUGUCAAAUAUGACGUGAACAGAGACAGCAAUGCUGGGGAACUCCAGGUUUCCGACAACCAUUUUAUUCUUUUCUUCGCGCCUUCGAACCUCUCCCCUCUCCCUAAAAAUAUUGUAUUUGUCAUCGAUGUGAGCGGGUCCAUGUGGGGGGUCAAAAUGAAGCAGACGGUGGCAGCCAUGAAGGCUAUUUUAGAUGACUUGACUGCUAAAGAUAAUUUCAACAUCAUAGACUUUAAUCACAAUGUGCGCUGCUGGAACGAGGACCUGGUCCCAGGCACUAUAAUUCAGACUGCAGAUGCUAAAAGGUACAUCGAGGACAUCAAACCCAAUGGAGGCACCAACAUCAACGAGGCGCUAAUGAGAGCGGUUCAGAUGCUAACGAGGGCUUCGCGUCAGAGUUUCAUCAACUCUCGCUCCGUCUCCAUGAUCAUUCUGGUGUCAGAUGGAGAUCCCACUGUUGGAGAGAUCAAACUCAGUGCCAUACAGAAGAACGUGAGGCGGGCGAUGAGGGAAGAUUUCUCGCUCUUCUCUGUGGGCAUCGGCUUUGAUGUGGACUACGACUUCCUGGAACGUAUCUCCAUGGAGAACAGGGGCAUGGCCCAGAGGAUUUACGCCAACCACGACGCAGCAGAACAGCUACGGGCGUUCUACAGCCAGGUUUCAUCUCCUCUGAUGAGGAAAAUUGCCAUUCAGUUCCCAGAUGAUUCUGUGGCAGACGUCACCCGGGAUCGGUUUGAUAUGUACUUCAGCGGCUCGGAGCUGGUGGUGGCCGGGCGGGUUCUGCCAUCAGAGACCAACACGCUGACAAGCUUCACUACGGCCGCAGCUGCCAAUCUGGACCUCACUUUGCAGAUCGACGCUGACACGACCGAGUUGGACAAAGAGCUGGCCGAACAGCAGCACUCGUUCACUGGAUUCGCCAGACAGAUGUGGGCUUAUCUCACCAUCAAGCAGCUGAUCGGUGAAAGAUCUUUGGCUACAACCGCAGCCAAAAAAAGAAAAAUCACGCAGCGGAUCGAGACUCUGUCCUUGGAGCAUCAGUUUGUCACGCCGCUCACCGCUCUGCUGGUGGAGGGCGACAACGAGAGGCUGCUGGCCGACUCCCCCAGGGACCCCAAACAUGGCUGCUGCUCAGGUGCCUCAACUCACACUGGGCUUCCUCCUGUUAAUAUGGUCUAUGCAACGCCACCUCCACUUCCACCGUGGGUCGCCUUACCCACGGUGACCUCAGACCAGGAGGAGAUUAAGAUAGGUCCAGUGGAGACCAUUUCCAACCUUAAUCGUGGCGUUAACAGAGUGGACGAUGACCCCCACUUCAUCAUCCACCUGCCUGGAAGGGACAUGGACGUCUGCUUCAACAUCGACUCCAAACCGGGUCACAUCCUCAACGUGCUGUCAGACGCUGGAACAGGAGUUGCUGUUAAUGGUCAGCUAAUCGGCUCCAAAAUGGCGCACAAAGGCAAACUAAGCACCUACUUCGGGGUCAUCUCAGUCUACUACCAGCCUGAAGGGUUCAGUGUGACGGUCAGCACUGACCGCAUCACCACGACUGACGGCAGGAACAACAACUCGUUCACCUGGGGGGCCACGGCUGAAAUCACCCAGGACGGGGUGAGGAUUUCUAUAGUGAAGAACGAUCAGGUCACCAUCACAAUAAAUGAUAGGAUCCAGGUGAUGGUGCUGCUUCACCGUGUUUGGAAGAAACACCCGGUCAAUGUGGACUUCCUGGGGAUUUACCUUCCCAACGACAACCAGUAUUCACCUCUCGUCCAUGGGCUCAUAGGGCAGUUUUCCCAAGAGCCUGAUGUGAGGGUGUAUGACAUCCACGAAGGAGCUGACCCCCUGAAGCCGGAGGCCACCAUGGAGGUGAAGAGCAACAUACUACAUGUCACCAGGGGCUGGCAGAAGGACUACAGACUGAACAAAAAACAUGGAUCUAACGUGUACUGCUGGUUCAUUCAUAACAGUGGGAAGGGUUUCAUCGACGGGCACUACAGCGACUACAUUGUUCCAGAUCUGAGCAGCUUCCUCCAGCUGCCAUGAGCAUCCACCUCCCCCCUGCUGCUAUUAACCCUCAGCUCAGAGAUGUGAUUAGAUCAAAGAGUCAAAACAGCAACGUCACAAGCAUAAUCACAUUUCAUUUUCCCCCCUUUAUUAAAAAAAAAAAAAAAAA